AUGUUUAAGACUGACACGCCGACGAGGACCUCUCAGUUCUACACAACGCUACAACCGAUGAAACCAAGAAAUUCUUGUGUCGUAAAAAGGCGCGCACCAGUGGAAGCACCUGAAGACGAACUGGAGCUUGAAGAAUCCUUUAGCUAUGGCAAAACACGGGAUCGGAGAGAACUGCGUGAAGACGCCGAGGUUGCAGCGUCAUCAGAACCUAGCACUCUAUAUGAGUGUGUUUCAAAAGGAGUUUUGAACAUGGGCAAGGCCGCUGCCCUUAUCUGUCGAUUACGAGGAGAAAAGAAGUUCAAUAAUGCUGCUUAUGAGGAAUUUCUAUACUCGGACACGGCCUACCGAAGCAAACCAAGUUUCGAGGAUUUGGAUGCAGACCAAGAAAAUUGGUGGCGCUACAAUCCGAUAGCACUGCGACUGCUGGGAGAAAUCAAUCGCGCAACGAAUUUGAGGCUUGCAAGGACAACAAGCUACACGGACAAGGGUCAAAUAAACUUUGCGACAGCAACCGUUUCCGUGGACCUGAACAACUGCUCCGAUGUAUGGUCGAUAGAAGAGUCUCCGCCUUUCAAACGCACCAUGGUAAAGGCUGUGGCUGCUAAGUGGCACCCCAGAAGGAAGGAUAUAAAUUUUCAAAAACUGUCGUCUCUCUUCAGAUUUUUGCUAGAAAGGAUCACCGAUCCACCAGAAGCUAUACAAAGUUUUUCGAUGCGAAUGAAUCGCCGAAGUGGACGCAAUGAAAAUCUGAAGAAUCUGCCGGAGCACAUAGAGGAAACAUUGAUAGGAUUUGGCCUUGACUUGCUAGGAUUUGGGAGGAAAGAGAUCCUGGACGAAACGACUAACGUCCAGGAUAGCGCCUUCUACACAAACCUCGGCUCCAGUGAACCUGAAAGACGAGAAGCGCUUGAAAAGUUACGAUGCCAGAGAAGGGAAUGGGGCGCUUACGUGUUCACGGCUCUGCAAAAAUCGCUUCGCGACGUACGUUCACACACCUUCGAUGCUACUCGUGGAUGGAUCCCCUCAACCAGACAGGCGAAGAAAUCAAUGGCGGAGAGUGAUUACGUCCCCUGCACACAGUCCCCGUCCCCUGAACUUUGAUCGCAUUUAGAAUUCCAUCUCCUUGGGGAAGGUAGAAUAGAUAUGAUCUUUUGGUUUGAGAUACUCAGCUACGGUGUUUUUUUUUUCGAUUAUGAUAUUUUCCAUUCAUUUCUCGCUUUUGCUGAAAGGAUGUGUUUUUUUAUUUACCAUGUUGUCUUGAUUGAAUUUUCCUUUAUCAUCUUUACUCAUUCGUUCUGAUCAUUUUGUUCGUCCUUAUUGAGACCUUCGAGGUCUUUUUGAGUCUGUUAGGUUGGCUCCAGGCUAGCCGACCGUCCUGCUUCAGCAGCAUGUGGCGCAGUUAUUGUGAACAUUACACCCUUCGUCCAACUUGACACCAAAUGACAUAACUGCGCGGCGUCCUGCUGGAGCAGGAAGUCGGCUAGUUUGGCACUUAUCUUCACUCUAAUCUCUCUGAUUCUGUGCUGGUAGCUGAAGUGCCUUAUUAUGAUGUAAUGCUGUGCCUUGUUAUGAUGUUGCCAUGUGGCAUAUGUAUGCGUUGAUCUAUACAUG